UGACAAUUUUUUAUCAGUUUCCGUUUUAGUUUCCUCGUCAGAAAGUAAGAAACAGAAUCUCUGACAAAGUUCUUGAAGAUAACAGCGACAUAAAAAUUUGUGUACAUUUAUUUGCAGACUAUAAAAAAAUGAAUGAUUGUCAACUAUCAGGGAACAGCGAUUACAUUGCCAGCCAUCUAGAUGCUUUACGUCAAAACUGCUCUAAAAUCGGAGACUGCAUCAACAGCAUUCGCUCCCAGGAGAGCACUCUAGCUGUUCUGGGCAGAGACUACAUCAAGCUUAAUACCAUUUGCCAAUUUAUCUCUGGAAGCAAAACUAGCCAUUCUUCCAAUGUCAAGGGUCAGUGCACCGCGGAAGUCCGCCAAGACAUAUCCAAAUAUUUAGAAGAAAAAAUUCAGCUAGAAAUAAACAAUGGCGGAGACUGGGCGAUGAUGGAGAAAUGUUUGUCUCAAGAGAACGUCAACACUACCACACUCAGCAAAGUGGACACAAUAUGUAGGUUGGCUGAGACCCAAAGUGAAAUCUGUAAAGAUAUGGGAAAUAAACUUCACGGGACUGUCCAGAACUUCUUCACACAUGAACUCCAAGAUGCUCUUUGUUUGUGUAAAAAAAUACAUGCAGAAGAAAGUUGGCAGAUGACAACUGUGUACAUUUCUGUCGGAGCAGUACUUUUGUUCUUUCUCAUUUGUUUGGGCAUUUUCUGUGGCCUUAGAAAACGGAAAUUCCGUAAGAAAAUGUCAACAAAGCAAGAAUAUCAUAUUUACGAUGAACUAAACAGUGAAAUUAAACAGCUUGCUGGUGAACAAAGGCCCUCUAUGGUCUCAGCCAUGUCAGAGUUUAGCACUGGAACCAUAGCUCCAGAUGAAGGCAGCCGCUAUGCGAAAUUAUUUUUCCCGGAGAUUGAGAGGGUCUGUAGAAGUCAGUGGAAGUCUACCAUACGAGAUUGCAGGGUUGUGGCCACGAUGGCUGGCAGACCUGCAGGUGAUCUCACGUCCAUUGCAUUUUGUGAGCACUGCCAACUGGAACAUGCCGUGGAAACAUGCCAGGGUGACUACGGCGUCAACUUUCCGCAAGGACAGCCUCGUUUAGAAAGCCUCGACUUCUGAUCACAAGAACGAUUUAUUGGAAGAACGCUGCUCUCAACUAGUUUACUAGGAGUGCAAGCAUCAUUUUGAGAGAUAUUGGAAUGAAUUAUAUUUGUAGUGUAGGAUCUUUAUGUAACAAACAUGAAUCAAACUCUGGUGUUGUAGGAUCUUUAUGUAACAAACAUGAAUCAAAUAUGUGUUUUAUGAUCUUUAUGUAACAAACUUGAAUCAAACCUGUGUGGAAGAAUCUUUUUGCAAUAAACAUGAAUUAAACUUG